AUGACAGAACGAUCGGUACAUUCUCCUACCGCGGAAGAAGGGAACAAAUCGUCAACGUCCCAUUUUGAGGACUCUCAGCGUACUAUCCCCGAGAAAACUCACAAUGGCGAUACGGCACUUGCACUCUUUGCACAUGGAGAGGGUCAAAAUGAACCCAUCGACCCGGCAGAGAACAAACGACUGGUGCGCAAAAUCGACUGGAUGAUUUUGCCUUUCCUGUCAAUCUGUUACGCAUUCUACUAUAUUGACAAAACAACCCUCUCAUACGCGGCCAUCUUUGGCAUCAACGAAGACCUGGGUCUCUCCGGCGAGCAAUACUCCUGGCUAUCGAUUUCCAGUGGGAAAUACCUGGGCGUGAAUAUUAUUCUAUGGGGAGUAUUUUUGAUGCUUCAAGCCGUUGCAAAAAACUUCGUCCAACUCGCCGUCCUCCGUGUCAUCUCCGGUGCCGCAGAAGCAUGCAGUGACCCAGCCUUCAUGCUCAUUACGAGCAUGUGGUAUACUCGUCGUCAACAACCUAUUCGAAUUGGUCUAUGGUACACGGCUAACGGCGCCGGUAUUGCUAUCGGUGGCUUAUUGGGCUACGGCAUUGGGCAGAUUAAGGGUGCUCUGGCUUCAUGGAAGUACGAAUUCCUUAUUAUCGGUGCGCUCUGUGCUAUCUGGGGUAUUGUGAUUACUAUCUUCCUGCCGGACUCGCCUGUUACGACGCGGUAUCUGUCUAACCGGGAGAAGUGGGUUGCCAUCGAGCGGCUGCGAGAUAACCAGACCGGAGUUGAGAAUAAACACCUUAAAUGGGCGCAGGUCUGGGAGGCAUUGACAGACUGGAAGGUGUGGACAUUUCUUCUGCUAGGAUUGUCAGGGAAUAUACCCAACGGAGGGAUCUCAAACUUCGGAACUUUGAUUAUUCAAGGUUUUGGUUUUUCCACCCUCAUCACAACCCUCAUGCAAAUCCCCUACGGCACCCUAAUCGCCAUCCUAAUUCUCCUAGCCGUCUUUCUUAACGACCGCCUCCCACCAAAUAACCGCUGCUACGUGACAGUCUUCUUCCUCCUCCCUAAUGUCGCCGGGUCAUUCGGUCUCGCGUACCUCCCGGAAGGCAACAAGGUUGGCCGGUUGAUCUGUUACUACCUGACGGGCUCAUAUAACGCUUCCUUCGUGCUUAUCCUCUCAAUACUCACUGCGAAUAUCGCCGGGCAUACGAAGAAAGUCGUUACGAAUGCUAUGAUCUUCCUGGGUGUUUGUGCGGGUAACAUCGCGGGUCCGUUCUUUUACAAGGAUAGUCAAGCACCGCGAUAUCCACUGGGAAUUUGGUCGAUGAUCGUGGCAAAUUUUAUUGAGAUUGCCCUGGUCUUGAUGCUUAGGAUUGCGUUGGCGUUGGAGAAUCGAAGACGGGAUCGGGUGCAGGCUGAGCAGGGACGGAGAGAUCUGGAUGAGACGGCGUUUAGUGACUUGACGGAUAAGGAGAAUCUCAAUUUCCGGUAUAUUUACUAGGAUAGU